AUGUCGACAUUCAAAGACCUCGGAAAUGAACACUUUAAAGCUGGGCAGUUCAAAGAGGCCGAACAACUAUACACCGAAGCGCAAGCACACAGUAUUCAGUCCCAGUCACGCACAGACCCAAAAGUCUUCCAGAACCGCGCCCUCGCCCGCAUCCGCCUGUCCAAUUACUCCGAUGCCGAGUCGGAUGCUAGGAAAGCACUUGAACUAUGGAACCCGAAGAAGGACGUCUCCAUGAAGGCGCACUACUACCUAGCACAAUCCCUCCUCUCACAACGCCACGUCGGGGAGGCUCUCAAUGAGGCACAGAUAGCUUAUCGCAUGGCCUUGUCUCUCAAAGACAGCUCAGCAGAACUAAUCUCACAGUUCAUCCUCCGCGCCAAGCAGGCGCAAUGGUCUGCUCGAGAGACGGCGCGAUUGCGGGAGCUGAGCUCGACGUUAGCGGCCGUUGAAGACCUGCUGGACCGCCAGCUGGAGACCGACCUAGCCGAUCUCAAUGCACAGGUCGAAGCUGGCACGCUAGGCGCCACGGGCCGCGACGAGGAGCGGUCGACUAUCGAGCGGAUUUCACAGAGCGGCGGCGGAAAUACAGCACAGCCUGAAUAUCAGGAGCGCAAGGUACCAGAUUAUCUAAUUGAUACCAUUACGUUUGAGGUCAUGCACGACCCGGUCGUGACGCCCUCGGGAGCGAGCUACGAGAGGGUUGGCUUGUUGAAGCAUCUCAAGGCCACAGGUCUGGAUCCGCUGACGAGAGAGCCCUUGACGGAGUCACAGCUGUAUCCGAAUGUGGCGUUGCGUAAUGCGUGCGCAACUUUCCUGGAGGAGAACGGGUGGGCAGUCGACUACUAG